UAAUUUGUGAGAUUCCAAGCUUUGCUUUUUGAUCAGUUAUUGCUCCUUGUAUUUGUUUGCUUGGUGUUGCAGAGGCAAAUAAUUUCUUAAAAAUGUUCAACCAUCGGACGAACAAGGCUUAUACCGAGAGCGAUUGUCCUUACCAUUGCGUUUCCAGAGUUUCUGGGGGUGUUGAAAAUUGUGGCAGUUCAAUUUGUGACCAUGGAGGAGUGUUUCGAAAUGAGAGUGCAGCACUGCACGAAUCACUUCAGACUCAGAGCGAAGUGAAUGCAGUUUUCAUUGAUCACCUUCGCAUCAACAACAACAAAAACCAGUUUCUGCCAAAGAGAUCUAGCUUUCCUAGGCUUGGUGAUGGUGCCAAUAACGUUGAGUUGGAACGCUGUCUAAGUCUCCCAGAUGGGCCAUCGAAUUAUAGAACAAAGUUACGAGGUGGAAACUUGGAAUUGGGUCCUUUCAGGAAGAACAGAAGCAACAGAGGGUGUUUGUUCAUGGUUAAUAAUGGAAAUGGAGUUUCUUCAUCUGGGUCACAGAUUCAACCAACGGUGGCAUCAGAUGGUUUUCAGAAUCCUUAUUCUGAACCAGACACCAAUGGUUCCCAAAGCCAAUUUGAAUUGAACAUGAAAGAUUAUCUGAAUAGAUCUUAUAUAGAAGACAAUGAUUUCAUCUGUGAUUUCGACAAUUUACUGCCAUGAAUGGGGUGACUAAGCUCUCUAGGUACUGCUGAGAAAAACAGGUUUUGGUUUGCAAAAGAUCAAUGGUUUGAACAAUUGUAUGAUUGGUUGAAAGACCUUGUUGUUAUGUCCUUUCAGAAGAGAAAAAUAAAAAAGUAAUUUCUAUAA